CUCAUCAUCUCUGGUAAACCCUACUCGUCUUCCAUUAUCAAAAUCAAAAUGUCAGACAACAUACCUUACGACAUCCAAGUGGACAUCUUGAAAAAACUUCCUGUUAAAUCAUUGAUUCAAUUCCGAUCCAUCUGCAAAGCAUGGAAGUCUCUCGUCGAUAGCGCUGAUUUUGUUAAGCAUUAUAGGGGCCAGAUGCAACAUCUACUUGUAAGUUAUUAUGAACAUUCAUAUAGCUUUGGGCGAAAAUAUGUUUCAAUUGCUGAUGAUGAUACUUUCCCGCAAAAGAAAGUUCCACUGACUAAUCCCAUGUCGCUUAAUAAUCCUAGAUUAAUCGGCACCUCUCAUGGCUUGUUAUGUUUGUACAGUUACAGUGAUGAUAUGGUUGUUAUAUGGAACCUUUGUAUAAGAAAAGUUGUUGCUGUUGUUCUGUAUAACGUGGAACAUGAUGCAGGUUCUUGGGACUAUCUAGGUUUUGGGGUCUGUCGUGAGACUAAUGACCCUAAGAUUAUCAGGAUUACAUCAGUAACUUGGUGUGACAUUAAUGGUUUAAGUUACGUCCCUUGGCAAGUUGAGGUUUUUCCAUUAAGCACAGGGGCUUGGAGAACUCCAUUUAGCACCAAUUUCCCUAGUAAAUCAAUUUACUUUCGCUUUGAAAAUUAUGAUCAAGUAGUUAUAGAUGGGGUUCAUUAUUGGUUAGCUAAUGAUAUAUCUUGUAAUCUCAUUUUUUCUUUUGAUAUGACACGUGAAGAAUUCAGCGAAAUUAAUCUCCCAGAUGGUUUAGCGCACAAGUCUGAUUAUACGCUGUCCAUGUCUAAGCUAAGGGAGUCACUUGUUGUGCUUGACCGUGAUGACGAUGAGAUGGUUUUUGUUGUAUGGAUGAUGGAAGAUGGUGUUUCAAAAACAUUUACAAAGCCAUUCACUAUUAAUUAUAACACACCAGAUGCAUUAUAUUUUGUAUUGGGAUUUAGGAAGACUGGUGAAGCUAUUAUCGAAGGUCGUCGACAACUUUUUGUUUACGAGCCCUACUCUAAACACAUCAAAAAUUUUGGGAUUGAUGGAAAAUAUUAUGAUUUUUUUGUGCAUUCCUAUAUGGAAACACUAAUUUUGCUUGAUCAACCAAAUCUUAGGGUUUUUAAUUGAAUGAUAACGGUCAAAAUUCAAGAUGAUUUGGUUUCAUAAGGUACCUCACUUCGUUUUGGGUAUGUUCUUUGAUCGCCUCAUGUUUCAUACUGAACUUCAACUAUUUUUAUUUAAUGGUCAGUCUUUUGCUUAUGACUAGAAUGUCUAUAUUCCGUAAAAGAAUGUUUCCAUGAUUUUUUGGAAGGAAAUCAACAUAUGUUUGUUAAUUGCUAGUACUUGUCAUGCAUUUAUGAUUCAUCUUCUAUGCUGCAUGAAUUUGCAAAUCCCUGAAUCCACAAAUUGCAACCAACACCACUCAUCUACAUCGACAUUUUGUCAAUGUUGCAGUGGCUUGAUAACAAGGGCGUAGCUUUGUGGGGGCGGGAGGGGGUGGCCGACCCCCCAAACAUUUCGCUCAGUA